GCGGCAGAUUGGAAAAGAUAGAUGCUCCAGUGAUGGGGAGGAGAAAGUGUGGGUGUGAGGAGGCGUUGAAACACUUUAAGAAAAGUUGUAGCACGUGUUUUGAUUUAUUUUUUCAUCAUUCGCUCUGAUGGAUUUAUCCUAGUUUUGUUAUUUUGUCUCCUACCGAGUUUAUGCCGUUGUGGGCCUGUAUUUUAAAUAAGAGCACGGGAAAUGGAUUUACGCCAAGUUUAACGAACAGAAAUAAUAUGAACUCAAAGAAUACGAAUCGGAUUAGUUCAUAAUGAAUCAUAAUGAAGGAAGAGAGUCGUAUAAUCGUAUGCAUGAUUCCCAGUUUUCUUCAUGGGUGGACACAACGACUCUUCACAUACGUCCGAAUCUUACUGAGGACACUACAUCCAGCCCAAAUCUUGAUGUAAUUGCAUCUAGUCCAGAUCUCCAAUGGCUUCUGCAGUCUUCUCUACUCUCCCAAUCAGAGACAAACUUGGAAACAUUUUCCUCAUUCACACCCACCGCCAUGCCUAACUGCCCCUGUUUGUCACAGUGUCCCAGUCCUGACCCGCCCUGUAACGGAUCAAUGGAGGACAGCACAGGAGGAGCUGCUAACGAACAUAUGUCCUCAGAGGAACUUGACAGGAUAAGGAUCCGCAGGGAAAGGAACAGAGUAGCAGCUGCCAGGUGUCGGGACCGUCGUCGGAUGCGUAUAGACACAUUACAGAAUGAGACGGAUCAUUUGGAGAAUGUGAAGGCACAACUGGAGAACGAGAUCGCUGCUCUUGAAAGGGAGAGAGAGAGGCUGGAGUUGGUUUUUGAGGCACAUAUGCCCAUCUGCAAGUUAAAUGACCUGAACCCAGAAUAAAUACUGAUGCUGGUCAUGUUUAGUGCUGAGUCUGCUGGUUCAGAUCAGCUGUGGAUUAUAUAACAUAAUAGGCGUAUAUUUGUUAAAGAUAGCGAAAUGUUAAAAUAUAUUUCAGUGAUACCUUGAGAAUUAUUAUCUUGCAUGCACAAUUUGUUUCACUUGUUUUCAUA